AUGCUUCCUAGGGGUUUAGCAGAUGUCAUCCAGCAGACCCAUAAAAAUUGUUCUGGAGGGGCUGAGUAUGUAGACUGCAGUGAUCCCAAGGCACAGAGAAGAACUGAUAAAACAUGUUCCACUUGGAACAUACCUGCUUUUGAUGAGAACUUGCCUUGCAAACGUGGGUGCUACUGUCCAGUUGGGAUGGUUAGAAAUUCUAAAGGGAAGUGUGUCUUUCCUGAUGAUUGCCCAUGCUCUUUUGGGGAACGAGAAUAUGACCAAGGAAGUGUCACUUCGGUUGGCUGCAAUGAAUGUACUUGUAUAAAAGGAUCUUGGAACUGCACACAAAAUGAAUGUCAGACCACCUGCCACAUCUAUGGGGAAGGUCAUAUUAGAACUUUUGAUGGGAAAAGUUACAGCUUUGAUGGUCUCUGCCAGUAUUCAUUCCUUGAGGAUUACUGUGGUCAAGAAAACGGCACAUUCCGUAUUUUAACUGAGAGUGUCCCUUGCUGUGAAGAUGGGCUUACCUGCUCAAGGAAAAUCAUAGUUGCCUUUAAGGAUCAGAAUAUUGUCUUACAAGAUGGGAAAGUAACAACAGUUAAAACUACAGAGAGUCAAGAAUGUGAACUCAGUGAAAACGCCUACUCUGUACAUACUGUGGGCUUGUAUUUGAUUCUGAAACUUCAAAAUGGAAUGAGCCUGAUUUGGGACAAAAACACAAGAAUGUCUGUUUUACUGGAUCCACAGUGGCAAGGCAAAGUAUGUGGUCUUUGUGGAAAUAACAAUGGGGACCUCAAAGAUGAUUUCACAACAAGGUACUCAUCAGUGGCUACUGGAGCACUGGAAUUUGGAAAUAGUUGGAAAACAAGUCAGGAAUGUUCCGACACAGUAACUCAGAGUUUCCCAUGUGACUCAAACCCAUACUGCAAAGCCUGGGCUGUACGGAAAUGUGAAAUCAUCAGAGACAGCACCUUCACUGACUGCCACAGCAAGGUAGUCCUGCUCUGA